AUGGCGAAUUGUGCUUCUGAAGCUGCCUCUUCCCAUUCGACUGCUAGCGAAAUCCGCUACAUGGAUCAGCUGGGCCUGUACAAGACGGAGAAGCCAUACGAGGUUCCCUUUUUGCCUGUCAAACUACAAGAUAUCAUCACCGUAGAAUCGAUAUAUCAUGCCGAGGCCCAGCGGUUCCUCAAGAGCAAAUACGGAGCGAAGAAGGUUUUCAUCUUUGACUCGACGAUUCGAGAAAUGAAGCCGCCGCCCCGCAAUUCCAGCGCAAUGCUGAAAAACCAGCAGAAACUGGGCCCCGCCGGUGAUUGCCAUGUCGACCAGUCUCCCGGCAGGCUUCGUUCAGGAGAGUCCUGA